GUGGAGUCAGGGAGGCGUUGACGCAGCCUACCGCCGCCGCUGGACGCUACACAACUUGCCGUCGGUUCCUCUAGCUAGCCUCACACCCGGCCGUCACGACCCCACGAAAGCGGGGCGAAGCGGGGCUUUUACCGUGGAGAAUCCGGCUUAAAAAUAUGAUAAAAAACGGACACCACAAUCACAACCAUAGGCACCCCCACCAGGUGAGCACGCCGGCCGGGAAGGAGGCGGGCUCCACACCGGGAGCUGCAGCGUGUAGUCCGGAGAAGAGGAGACGGAGGGUCCGGGUGUGGUGCGAUGGCUGCUACGACAUGGUUCACUACGGUCAUUCCAACCAGCUGCGCCAGGCCAAGGCCAUGGGGGAUUACCUCAUCGUGGGCGUGCACACAGACGGUGAGAUCACAAAGCACAAGGGCCCGCCCGUUUUCACUCAGGAAGAGCGCUACAAGAUGGUGCGGGCCAUCAAAUGGGUGGACGAGGUGGUGGAGGGAGCCCCCUACGUCACCACGCUGGAGACGAUGGACAAGCACAACUGCGACUUCUGCGUGCACGGAGACGACUUAACGCUGACCGUCGACGGCAGGGACACGUAUGAGGAGGUGAAAGAGUCAGGACGCUACAGAGAAUGCAAGAGAACACAGGGAGUUUCAACCACUGACCUGGUGGGCAGGAUGCUCCUCAUGACAAAAGCACAUCACAGCAACAUUGAUGCUUCAAACUACCAGCAGCACCCAGACAACUUUGGAAAGGACUCCAAUGGUCAGAAGAGCCACAGUCCCUGGACGGGCGUAUCUCAGUUCCUGCAGACCUCCCAAAAGAUCAUCCAGUUUGCUUCGGGCCAGGAGCCGCAGCCUGGCGACACCAUCAUCUAUGUGGCCGGGUCCUUCGACCUCUUCCACAUCGGCCACGUGGACUUCCUGCGGGCGGUGCAUAAGCUGGCGGAGAAGCCGUACAUCAUAGUGGGGCUGCACUUCGACCAAGAAGUGAAUCGCUACAAAGGGAAGAACUACCCCAUCAUGAACGUCCACGAGAGAACGCUCAGCGUCCUGGCCUGCCGAUACGUCUUUGAGGUGGUGAUCGGUGCUCCGUUUGCAGUCACAAAAGAUCUGCUGGAUCAUUUGAAGGUGGACCUCGUAUGUCACGGAAAGACGCACAUAUACCCCAGCAAGGAUGGAUCUGAUCCGUAUGCUGUGCCCAGAAAGCAAGGGAUACUGCGCACUGUCGACAGCGGGAACGCCCUCACCACAGACGCCAUUGUGCAGAGGAUAACUAAAAACAGGUUGCUUUUUCAAGCCAGGAACCAGAAGAAGGAGGCCAAAGAGAUCGCCGUGAUCGAGGCCAUGCAGCGACACCAAGUAGAAGACCAGUGAUGGAGGCCAGGCUGUUUUGUGGACUCGGAAUGAAGAGAAAAAGAAAAGCGGGACGGAACCGUGCGCAGCAGAUCCUGCUGCCUGGUUUGCUUUGUCUCGUCUGUAGCGCACGUACAGUAUAGACAAGAAUACGGAGCAAGUGUUCAAUUCUUCAAAUGCUUAUAUUUUUCUUGCCUGCUAAGUAUGAUUUUAAAAGAGUUUUAAGAUGGGAUUUGGACUUGCAAGGGGCAAGAGCGAGGACUAAGGGACGGAACCACAACAAGGCAGGGAUGUACUGCAUUGUACCCGCAACGAGAAGCUGUGAUGGAGCGCAUGUGAUCCUCCGUAUCGGACUGCACUGACAUUUCACUCACUGUUUUUCUUCGUAGAGUUUAUUUCCCUGAAACUAAAACAACUACUGCAACCCCUCUGUGGGGAGUUUUAACAAGAUUGCUCUUGAUGUUUCACUUUCAGGGGACACUUUUUCUGAUCAAAGGCCAUUUUAGUGCCCAUAAACUCCUCCUGAGGGUCAUACACCAUUUAGGAAAAAGACACAUCAUGCUGGGCUGGGUAUGGCCCAUGUCCCCAUGGUUGUCCAAUUUAACCCCAGUAUGAAAUGGGAGUGAAUAUAAUAUUUUUGGUAGUAUCACAAUUUAUCUCUCUGUAUGACUUACUGUAUAUAUAUGUACAUGAAAAACCUAAUAACAUGCCUGUUUGGGAUGUACCGUAUAGGCAAUCAUGUGUCAUACAACCUGGACUGCAGUAUAUAUUUACUGUUAACAAUAAUAACAUGAUUU